AUGGCAACGACGUCGUUCUUGACGCCGACGCAGAGGUACGCCGCCGGAGCUCUGUUCGCGUUCGCUCUUCACCAGGCUCAGAUCCACCAGACCCAUCCCCUGCGAUUGUCCUCUGGAGAAGAAGAAUCAACCGAGGAGCGGACCAGUAGUGUCAGCAGCGCCGACUCCGUCUCCGACGGCCCGGAGCUUUGGGUCCAUGAAAACUCGGGUCUCCUCCCACCCGUUUUCAGGUUUCUGGAGAUUGAUUCUGCAGCCUGGUCCGGACUUCAGGAAAGCGCUGCUACUUCUCCCGCUAGCCAUCAUGUUGGAGCAUUCUUGAGGUUGCUUGCUGAAGAAGGUGGUGAUGGUGAUAAGGAUAGUUCACAAAGUGCAGAUCAAGAACUUGCUUUGUCCAGAACUGUUGAUGCUAUGGCACUUAGCAUGGAAAAGACUUCAGAGUCUUCCCAAUCUAAGAAGGAAAAGCAUCGUGAAUAUGAAAAUGAAUGCCGUGAGAAAUUCUCCACAGCUGAGGAGAAAAAAAACAUUGAAGCAGCGGAUGAGCAUUUGGAAAGUCCGCAGGAGAAAAGGUCCACAGCUGAGGUGAAACAAAAAAUUGGAGAGGAUGUGCAGUUGGAAAAUCUGAUGCAGAAAUGCUCCACAGCUGAUGUGACACAAAACAGUGAAGGAGUGGGUGCACUUUUGGAAAAUCAGCAAGACACUGGUGGUAAUCUGGUUAGUGCCAAAGACGCACUUGCGGCUAGCAGUGAGAUUCGUGAGAAAACUAUUGGAGAGUUGACAAUGCUCAGUUAUCAGAGGAAAGUUACGGUUCUCUACGAGCUUCUUUCAGCUUGUCUGGCUGAUAAACGGGAAGACAACAAGAAAUGUACCCGUCGAAGAAAGGGUUAUGAUGCUCGGCAUCGUGUAGCUCUGCGAUUGCUUGCAACUUGGCUUGAUGUCAAGUGGAUGAAAAUGGAGGUCAUUGAGACAAUGGUUGCUUGCUCUGCAAUGGCAUUAGUGAAAAAGGAAGAAGAAAAAGAAGAAACCCAGUCACCAAAAAGCAAAUGGGCUAAAUGGAAGCGUGGUGGUAUCAUUGGCGCAGCUGCAAUAACCGGAGGAACAUUGCUGACAAUAACUGGUGGAUUAGCAGCCCCAGCAAUUGCCGCAGGACUUGGUGCUCUAGCUCCAACAUUGGGCACUCUCAUCCCAAUAAUUGGAGCAAGCGGGUUUGCUGCAGCUGCAAGUGCUGCCGGAACUGUUGCUGGUUCUGUUGUUGUUGCUGCAUCAUUUGGAGCUGCUGGAGCUGGACUCACAGGGAGCAAAAUGGCUAGAAGAACUGGAAGUGUCGAUGAAUUUGAGUUCAGCGCUAUAGGAGAAAAUCAUAACCAGGGCAGGCUAGCAGUUGAGAUCUUGGUUUCAGGAUUUGUUUUUGAUAAGGAAGAUUUUGUAAGGCCUUGGGAGGGACAGGAUGACAAUUUGGAAAGGUAUGCGCUGGUCUGGGAGUCAAAGAAUCUAAUUGCAGUUAGCACUGCAAUUCAGGAUUGGCUUACUUCAAGAAUUGCAAUGGGGUUGAUGAAGCAAGGUGCAAUGAUGACUGUGUUAGGCACUCUUGUUACUGCACUGGCUUGGCCUGCAACAUUACUUGCAGCUGCUGAUUUUAUAGAUAGCAAAUGGGCAAUUGCUGUGGACAGGUCAGACAAAGCAGGAAGGCUGCUUGCUGAGGUGUUAUUAAAAGGAAUUCAUGGGAACAGGCCUGUAACACUGGUGGGUUUCUCACUUGGAGCACGAGUAAUUUUCAAGUGUCUGCAGUGUUUGGCGGAAACUGAAAAGAAUGCUGAGCUUGUAGAAAGAGUUGUUCUUCUUGGAGCACCCAUCUCGAUCGCAGAUGAGAAAUGGGAAGCUGCUAGAAAGAUGGUGGCUGGAAGAUUUGUCAAUGCCUACUCCACAAAUGAUUGGAUGCUUGGGAUUGCUUUCCGUGCCAGUCUACUUUCUCGAGGAUUAGCCGGAAUUCAACCAAUAAAAGUUGAAGGGAUUGAGAAUGUUGAUGUAACAGAUGUGAUUGAUGCCCACUCUUCCUAUCUUUGGGGCGCACAGCAGAUCCUGGAUCUGCUUGAACUGGAGGCCUAUUAUCCUGUUUUCCAGAGCACUAUUUGCAUACGAUGA